AAAGACGAAAAGCAUUAUGGAGUUGAAGGAAGGAUUGGAGCCAAUGAGUCCAACUGCACAAUACCUCUACAGCUCUGCAUUAUCUGUAUCUAUUCUCACCGUUUUGGAAAUUGAAGUUCCAAUUAUCACCGACAUCCACAUGCAUGCCAUAUCUUUGCUCAAGGAUUUAUUCCUCCCUAUCAAUCCACGCUUCUCCUCCGUCAUGGUUAUGGACCAAAAAGGUGAUAGACAAUGGAAAAGAGUAGAAGUGAAGCUUGAAGACCAUAUUAAUGUCCCCAUUUUCCCUGCCGGAUUGUCACCCACAUCAUACGAUGCAUAUCUUGACGACUACUUGUCAAAGGUAGCAAUGGAUCACUUUCCCCAAAGCAAACCACUAUGGGAAGUUCACGUAUUCAAGUAUCCAACAAGCAAUGCAGCUGGUAAUAUCAUAUUCAAGCUUCAUCAUUCGCUUGGUGAUGGCUACUCUCUCAUGGGUGCACUUCUUUCUUGUCUACAAAGUGCUGAUAAUCCUUCUGCUCCCUUAACAUUGCCGUCACGCCCACACACAAAACUAGAAAGUGAUAAUACAAGUGAUCGUGCAAGAGUGUUUCAAAUCUUUCCCUUGAUCUUUAACUCUAUAUCUGAUUUUGGACGGAGCUUUUUGAAGAGCACUUUGGUUAAAGAUGAUCGGACACCAAUAAGGUCCGGGGAAGAAGGAGUUGAGUAUCGACCAAUCACAAUAUCAACCAUGACAUUCUCUCUUGAUCAUAUCCAACACAUAAAGGCCAAGCUUGGAUUGACAACAAAUGAUGUAAUAACUGGAAUAAUCUUCUUGGGCACCCGAUUAUGCAUGCAAGAGAUAAGCAAUGAAUCAAGUAAAGCACAAUCCACAGCCUUGGUGUUGCUCAACACAAGGAUGAUUAGGGAGUACAAGUCAGUCAAAGAGAUGGUUGAAACUGACUCAGAGGCUCCAUGGGGGAACCGAUUCGCCUUCUUACAUGUUCCAAUUCCAAAGUUUAAGGAUCCUAAAUCCUUAGACCCACUUGAGUUUGUGUGGGAAGCACACAAGAUAAUCAAGAGGAAGAGAAGCUCAUUAGACGUUUAUCUCACCAGCAAGCUUUUGGAGAUUAUGAAGAAACUUAGAGGACCUGAGGCGGUAGCUAGAUACAUCCAUCGGACAUCGAAGAACUCCAGUAUGAGUAUCUCGAAUGUGAUUGGGCCAGUUGAAAAGGCAAUUGUGGCUAAUUAUCCGAUUAAAGGCAUAUAUUUUAUGACAGUUGGUGUACCUCAGAAUCUUAAUAUAACAAUAGUAAGUUAUAUGAGAAAUCUGAGGGUCUCUGCUGGGAUAGAAAAGGGAUUCCUUGAUCCCCAAAAGUUCAAGUCAUGGGUGGAGAAUGCCUUUGAGAUGAUGCUUCAAGCCGCCGAUGAACUUCCCCCACAGAAAACUUUAAUUUGACGGUUUUUAUAUGCAUCAUUUAAAAUGAAUUGUUAUUUGGUAACCAAAAUGAAUACUUCCAAUCUUGUUAUGAUUGUGAAUGGACUAGUAACUAGUUGAAAGAAUGUUUUUAUAUUAGUUUCGAGUAAUAAGAUUUGAA